AUGCAACCAAAAACCGUCGUCACCAUCAACAGCAAUGGCCGCCAGUCGGCGAGCUUCAUCCGCGUCGCCGCCGCCCUGGGUUGGCAGGUGCGCGCCCAGAUGAAGGACCUCAAUGGUAUUGUCGCAAGAGAGAUCUCUGAGCUCCCCAACGUCACCGUCUUCAUCGGCCCUCUCGAGGACAAGAAGUUCCUCGACACGCUGUUCAAGAGUGCCCACGUUGCCUUCAUCAACACCACCCAUUGGGGUGACGAGGUUGCCGUCGGUCGAGCCCUGGCCGACGUCGCGAAGAAGGCCGGCAUCCAGCACUACAUUUACUCGAGCAUGCCAGAUCAUUCCGUCUUCGGGAAAGGAUGGAAAGCACUUCCCCUCUGGGCUCCCAAAUUCACCAUUGAGCAGUACAUCCGCCAGAUUGGUCUACCGGCCACCUUUGUCUACUGCGGCAUCUACCACAACAACUUCACCAGUCUGGACUUCCCCCUCUUCCGCAUGGAACUGCUUCCGGAUGGCAGUUUCCGCUGGCAGGCACCCUUCCGCCCGGACCAGAAACUGCCUUGGUUGGACUCGGAGCACGAUAUUGGCCCGGCCGUGUUCCAGUUGUUCAAGGAGGGACCGCGGAAGUGGAAUGGAAAACGCAUCCCCCUAGCCUUCUCCCUCCUCACCCCAACCGAAGUCUGUGCCGCCUUCAGCCGCGGCCUCAAGCGCCCCGUAUCCUACCGCCAGGGCCCCAUCGUCAUCAACGUUCCCACUCCCACCGGCUACCGGGAACACCUCGCCGCCCUCGAGGAGACGCUCGCGCGCCAAGGAGCAGAGUACUUUGGCCCAGACCUGCAGCCCCUGUGCCCCGAAGCCGCCAUCCAGCUGUGGGAGGGCUGGAGGGAUAUCCAGGAGUAUGCUCAAGAGGUGUUUCCUGUCGAGGAGGCGGCGAAUGGGCUGACGUGGAUGGAGGAGGGCGAACUCUGCGGUUUCUUCAAUGGGAUCAUGGGGUUGGCCGAGUUGUUGGAUCAGGCGAGGCUUUGA